UGCCUCGGAUGAACGCCAACCUCGAGGUCGUCUGCCUUGCUCUCCCCGACAAUGUCCUCCACACAACCUCAGGCGACGCUCUACAUAAAAAACCUCAAUGACAAGGUAAACAAGGAGGAGCUCAAGCACCAACUUCACGCGCUCUUCACGACCUAUGGUCGUGUCAUCGACGUCGUCGCACUAAAGACCCAAAAAAUGCGGGGCCAGGCCUUCGUCGUCUUUGGUGACCUCGCAGGGGCUACCGCUGCGCUCCGAGCGUGCGAGGGAUUGGACUUCUACGAUAAACCGAUGCAUAUCGAGUACGCCAAGCAAAAGUCAUAUGCGACCAUGAAGAAAGAUGAUCCCAACUUUGUACCGCCGGCAUCUAUUCAUGCUCGCGAGACCGCCACGCGACUCGGGAAUGGCAUCCUUAGUGGCGAGAAGCGUGGCAGGGAUGACAAGAUGGACGAAGACGUGCGGGAAUCAAAGCGCGAGCGAGUAGAUGAGGAUGACGGCGAGGAGAUGGAGAUCGAGGAUGAUGAAGAGACCGGCACGAAGGACAAGACUUCAAGCGCUGUUCCCCCUGUGUUACAACAGCCCUCAGCAAAGUUACUAUGCACGAACCUGCCUAUCGAAGUCACAGACGACGUCCUCUCGGUUUUGUUCCAACAGUACCAAGGUUUCAUGUCCACAAAUGUCGUGCCGUCGCCCACACCCAACGCCUCUGGGCAGAAAUGCAAGAUGGCGCAAGUGCUCUUUGACUCGCCAGGCAUGGCGUCGGUCGCAAAAGAGGCCCUGAACGGCUUCGCCUUAAAACAGGGCUGGGUUAUGUCGGUCAACUUUAUCUAGGAGUAUACUCCGCAUGGCGGAUUAUUAUUGUUUCUUGUUAUUUCUACUCAAAUCAAUGCGCUUUGCUAUCGUACGAUCUCGUAGC